AUGGUCAGCAAUGACGUUGACAUGAACAUCAAAGGCAAGCAACUAACACACUGCCGAUUCGCAAAUGACAUUGUACUUAUCACUGAAACUACAGAUCAGCGGCAGACAAUGCUGACAGAGCUGAACACUCAUAGCUUGACAGUAGGCCUUACAAUGAUCCACAAGAAAACAAAAUAUAUGCAGUCAGAGAAAGGCUCAGCACAUCUCAACGAAGAAUCAACACAUGAAGGCAAAGAAAAUACUAGAGAAAUGGAAAGCUAUGAAGAGGAAUAUGAAUGGAAAGCUAUGAAGAGGGAGAUCACCUUGAGUAUUCUGUUCUCUGCAAAGUCAUCAGACAAUGUCUGGGAAAUGAUUUAA